AUGGAUUCGGAGAGUGCAGCGAAUUCUGAUGUAGUUGAACCUGGUCAGGAUGUAAAUCUUUCUCUAUUGGAAAGACUGGGAUCAGGAAAACUAGAAGCCGCCGCCAUAGAACAGAUAAUCAGAGAAAUUGGAGCUUGUCAAUUAGUACCCAACGAUGGUAGAAUUGUACUGUCAUUCGAUUUAAAACGGUUCGCAGGAUUAGGAAUGGAGGAUACGAUAGAGAGACUGAAACAAUUUUCUAUAAUCAAGAAUUAUCACUUUCGAUUCGAGAUUCUGGACAGCAAUCUUGCCAACCCAGCGAAGCCAAUUCUUGCCUGUUAUCAGCCUGAAAGGAAGAAUGUCACAUUAUUCGAAGUCUCAAGCACCCAACACCCUUGGAAGAGAGAAAGACAGGAGGAUACUGCUCCCAAAUGGCUCAUUGAUCAAUGGAGAAGAGUUAUAUGGUGCGAAGGCCUUUCAUCGGUAGUGGACCCGAGAAACGAUUGUGACAACGGAAUUCUCUGUUCCUUUCCUUACCUGAUUUCUGAUAGAAUCCUAUAUUCAUCUGGUCCCAUUGAAAUGACAAUUCAACUUCACCUUAAUUGCUCGAAAAGAUUAGGUAGCAAAUCCGCAAAUCCAUAUUACGAUCAAAACAAUGGUUUUCACAUUGUUUUCUACGAGAAGAUUGUGUCUCGAAGGAUACCUAGAAGCGAAAGCUGGAAAACUGGAAAACUUUACCUGAAGACAGCUAAAAGUAAAGGUGAAGCUGAAGCUUUUCGAAGAAGUGCAUUCACAAUGUUUACAAAGUCGGAGUCACGUAAAGACCCCCAAGAAGAAGAAUCAGAGCUCUGCUGGACCUUCUUGUUACUGUCUCCUUCUGACUUCUUUGAGUCUCAUGAAUUUAAACAAUAUUUUUCUUCGCAUUCAUCCAACGCUGGCAUGAGAGAUAUUGCAAUUCAAAGGUGCAUGCUAACAGCGGAGCUUACCAGCAUCCUUUACGCUAUGAGAUUGGUUGUUAAACGGUGGGACGAGCUGUAUCAGCAUAUAGAAGGCCUGCUACAUGAAGAUUUUAUGGAUCCCGCGACUUACGUCGAACUCUUGUUUGACGAUGAGAAUUUCAGCCAAUCUAGGCUGUACUUCUGGGUGAUUGGGUGUGUCAAUGAAUUUCAAAUUAGCAUCGAAGACAACGUCAAACAAUGGACGCUGUUUCGCGAGGCGCGCGUCGAAUCGUAUCUUGAAAGAAAUCAUGGUGAUUUGUCUCGAGACAGCCUGAUGAAGAUCCAAAAUCUGGCCAAGAAAAUUGAUGUUGAGGUGGAGUCCUUGAUAAAUUGGCAAUCGCAAUUUAAGCACCAACAAGAGACUGCACAAGCUUUCCGGGAUGGACUGUUCAAUGCUAGCGCUCUCAUGGAAAGCAGAGCGUCGACACGGCUAGGAGAAAACGUCAAGCUACUGACUUAUGUCAGCAUCUUCUAUUUGCCACUAGCAUUUUGUGCUGCACUUUGGGCGAUCCCCGACAUCACCAGCAGUAGUACAAGAAGCCCUUUCAUACUCACAACUAUUCUUGUUGGGUUCGUAACAUACAUGAUUGUCUUCAAUCUCGGCAACAUUGUAAAGCAGUCGACGAGAGUUUAUGAGCCGUUUAGGGAAGGGGUGAUAAAGCAGAUAUGUAAACAGAGCGCGGAUGACAAAGAAGUUUGGCAGCCGGACGAAUCUGAGUGGGACAAGCGGGCCCAGAGAUUUGAAUCGACUUUUGGCCCCAAGAGAGGUGACGGAGAACCUUCGGAAUGGUGGAUUUCAAUCUAUUCUAUGACAAUCAUUUCCAAAUGGUUUCUUGUUCACUUUAGAAGUUUAUUCCAGUGGAUAGGUCAGUUUUUCUGGAAGAUUUUUGUUGCUUUUGGAAAUGUAUUUCAAUGGAUGCGUCAACUUCUUAAGUUUCCUCGUGAUUCAACAUCGAACAACAGCCAAGAGGAUUCAACAACAAAUAACACCGGAGAGACUGUUUGA